AUGGAGAACGCACCAACCGACGACACGUCCAGGCCCAACGCCGGCGAGCACGGCCACGACUGCAAGGGCGGCAGUGGCCGGACGGCGGCGCAGGACAGCGUCCAGAGCGCCUCCGCCGUGACGGAGGUGGGCAGAAGCGGCAAUGCGCCGGCGGAAAAGACACGGCGGCCCAGCGGGGGAGACCUAGACGAUGGCCACGGCGACGACGGCUGGCUUACGGUGUUGGAGAGAAAAGCGGUGGACGACUACUACGACCCGGUGGAAGCAGAGACGAUGGCAGCCAGCGGGGACGUGCCAUCCUCUCCGUUGAGGCUCGCUGCGGCAAGGUUUGGGUGGCUGCUGGUAGGGUUUCUCGCUGGCGCAGCCGCCGCAGUGCUCUUCUUGAUGCAUCAGGAGUCGCCGACGACGUGCACGGUGACAGUGCCAACCUGA